AUGAGCGAUCUCGAAGCCCUCCAUCAAGAAUUAGAAGACGCUAUGCUGGCGUACUUUGAGAAGUACCCAGAACCACCAGCUUCCAAGUGGCAACAUGGCCGACUUCAAGCCGCGUUGGCCAACAACAAUAUUAAUAAAGAGAAACCGUCCAAAAAACCAAAAUUUGGUUACAGUAACUCGAAAGUUACUAUCCAGAAGUAA